AUGUUGUCGUCUCACUUCGUCUCUUCGACCAUCGACGAACAUCAAAUGGAGCCGCAGGAAGAAGAUGAUGAUCUCAAGCUCGCCAAAGCGUCAGCAGGUCUGCUCAACGAUCUCGAGCGAGACCUGCCUAGAGUGCUGUGGAAGGCAUCAAAACCUGGAUCAGGUACCCGAAAGGCGCAUACAAGAGUGAGAAAGCGCGAUCUGCAGCGUAUCACUUCCUACAUAGAGCCAUUUCAAGGUGAACCGCAAUUACUGGAUGCCAAGCUGAAGACGAUUCUACCACCGAUUGUAGACGCCUACCUCGAAUUUUUGACUUCACAAAAGUCAUUGGAUGAUACACAGUCCGAUCAUCUCGACUUUCAGACCGCAGUUUUUGCUUUGCUGUACACUCUGUGCAAGGUUCGUGGCCAGAAAAUCAUCGCUGGCUUUCUCAACAAUGAGCCUCGCUUCCUGGAGCCGGUUCUCGAAGCUGUGGAACGGUGCACUUUCGAUACCAAUGAUCGAGAAGUGCAAUGGCAAGUACCAUACGUUCUCUUGCUCUGGUUGUCUCAUUUGCUCCUCACACCGUUUGACUUGCAGUCCAUUUCGACCAGCGUUGGUCCUGCAACUUCUGCCGACAAUGACUCUGCUCUUCUUCAAGGACUCCCUCCUCUGAUCUCGAGGAUCCUACGAGUUGGGCUACACCAUCUGCGCAUGCCCACGAAAGCUCAAGAUGCGGCCGCUGCCAUGCUUGUGCGACUUUCAACACGACCCGAUGUGCACAAGGUUCGCUUGGCAGACCGACUGGUCAACGAUCGGCUGCCGAAGCUGGAAAGCAAGGCUACGGACAUGCCCAAUAUGUACGAGAUGCUGGGGUCGCUGCGCUUCGUCGCCGGCGUGGCAUCGUCGGCCGAGUUGAGUCAUCUCAUCCCAAGCAUCUAUCGUACGUGCGAAAAGACCUUCGACGAGAGUGACGAGUCCACGUUAUCAUCCAACGCGGUCGCCAAGAAGGUUAUUGUCAAGAUUUUUCGGAAUGUCGCAAUACUCUCGCUACGAUCAGUCGCGACUCGAGGACCUCUUCUCAGCUUUCUUCAGACGACCAGCGUGCUCGAAAAUGUGAUCGAUUAUCUACUUCGCUCCCUUGGCGACAAAGACACGCCUGUGAGAUAUGCAGCUGCGAAGGCGAUGAGUCUCAUUGUGCUCGAGUUGGAACCUGAGAUGGCGCACGAAGUCAUACAGGCGGUCUUGGAUACUUUCAAAGAAGACAUGCCGAAGACCAUCCAAGCCGCGGACUUUUCCACUGCGAAUCCUCUCAAAUGGCACGGCUUGACUUUGGCGCUGGCGCAUACCCUAUUCAAACGUUCCGCAUCACCAGCUCAACUCCCCGACAUUCUCGAUGCACUGAUCUCGGCGCUUCAAUUCCAACAGCGGACGGCGACGGGAAGCACACUUGGGACAAAUGUCAGAGAUGCAGCGAAUUUUGGCAUCUGGUCAUUGGCCCGGCGAUACACCACUGCAGAGCUAUUGCCAGUCAAAGCCAACAUCUUGCAUAGCAGCGAUGAUCAGCGAUCAGAUAUGCCCGUGGUCCAGCUGCUUGCUAUCCAGCUCAUCCUCUCCGCAUGCCUCGAUCCGGCCGGCAACAUCCGUCGUGGGUCAUCAGCAGCAUUCCAAGAGCUGGUGGGACGGCAUCCCGAUCAGAUUCACGAAGGUAUUGCUCUCGUCCAGGUGGUCGACUACCAAGCUGUGAGUCUGCGACACCGAGCCAUGGUCGAUGUUGCGAGCAAAGCGGCCGCGAUGCACAACAUGUACUGGUCCAAUCUGCUCUCGGGGCUCCUAGGCUGGCGUGGUCUUGGUUCCGCAGAUGUGUCUUCCCGAGCGGAUGCAGCGGAAUCGAUCUCGCAACUGUCAAGAAUGUUGCAUGUUUGCGAGCGGCUCGAUGUGCUUGGAAUGAUUGGACGUCUGCUGUCUGACUGCUCGGCUAAGGACGUCGAACAAUUGCAUGGCCUGACUCUUGCGGCGGCGUAUAUGCUUGAGCCCUCGCACUCCAUCACUUCGGAUCAAGAAGUCGAGCCGUUACAGCCCGACAUUAUCAGCAUGUGGAAGCAUUUCGCCUCUCUGCAGGCUUCGAUAAAAGAAUUUCAUCCGAGACUACUCAAGUCGGAGCUCCCGGCAUCUCUUGGCCUUUAUACCACAGCCCUGUGCAAUGCCACGCAGAGAGUUCCCGGAGAGGCUCUUCAAGCAGAACAAGUGCCCUUCGACGUACUUGACAUUGUCACCGAUCGUUUGCUCGCGCGGCAUGAGGAGUCGAUACUGCACAUCGUUCCCGGCUUGGCGCGGUCGGUUCAUGGGCUUGUCAAGGCCGCCGGAACCUCUCUGCCAUGUCUCGAGCCAUAUCACCUGGCUCAAAAACUAGCAGCCGACAGUACAAAGAGCACCUUGACGAGCGCCGGCCGAGCAAUGGCCUUUGGCGUUCUGUCAUCAUCCUACACAGAUGACGGCGCAUUCGACAGGCAGAAAAACAUGUUAGUCGUCAGCCUGUGUUCUCUAAUGAGCAGCAAAACCGUCGACUGGCGUGUCAUCUGCGCGCGAGCCCUCCAGCUAGCCGUGAAUAGCGUCCCACAUACUGCAACCCUCGAUGCCGCUACCGCGCAGUCCAUCUGCUCCGCUAUCCACCAAGGCCUAAACGACUAUACCAUCGACGAGCGCGGCGACAUCGGCUCCCUGGUCCGCCUCCAGUCCAUCACCUGCACAUCCACAAUCCUCUCCCACCCAGCAUUCAAAUUUCACCUCGACUCCCUCCAACUCCUUUCCAACGACAUCCACCGCCUCUCCCUCGAAAAACUCGAUCGCGUCCGCCUAUCCGCCGCCCACUGCCGCGCCACCCACCUCGACCUCACCCUCCCCAUCACGGACAUCCCAUCCGUCUCCUCAAAACCCUACUUCCGCGCCGCUCUGCACCCCCUCACAGACCCUUCCACGCCCUCAGCCACCACCCACGCCCUCCUCACCGGCAUCAUCUCCUCCGCCGGCUUCAGCGCCGAAUCCCUCCUCCAAUCCUCCCGGCACGUCCUCGCCACCCUCCUCUCCACCACCAAACCCCAGCACUUCGAAUCCCUCCUAACAUCCUACACCACCAUCCUCGCCGACCUGCUCACCUCCCCUUCCGCCAGCAUCUCCAUCCACCCCGCCCUCUGCCUCCUGUCUUAUAUCCUCUCCACCCUCCUGCCUCACUUCCCACACCUCGCAUCCCCAGUCUCGAAAUUCAAGUGGCGAACUCUUCUGUCUACUGUGCAGAAGGCGCAUCAUAAGUCGACGGAUAUAACGAGGUUGAUGGCUGCUGUGGGGGUGUAUUGUGCGAUGGCGGAGGUCGGGGUGGUGAGAGGGGAGGUGUUGAGGAAAUUGGUCAGCAUGCUCAAGACCAAUCCUUUUCCACGAGUUAGGGUGGCGGUGGCGGAGGUAUCGUGGAUGGUGACGGGGGAGGAAACGCUGUUGCCGGUCGACUGGGCGAGACCGGUUAAGGAGAAUGCUGGUGUGGUGCAGGGGUUGCAGAAGGUGCUGUUAGAUUAG